AUGGCGGAGAUCCGGUCCAAGAACCUCUACGAGCUUCUUGGCAAUGACCCUGAACUCGACCCCAACAGAGCUCCCGAGCCCCCUACGAAAGCCGUAGACAGGCCCGCUCCCCGUGUUGGCAAGCGGGACGCUCCCAAGGAGGCCCCUGCCCAGCCCCGUGAGAACAACAACUCUCGCCGUGGUGGCCGUGCCACUGGCAACGAGGCCGCUUUCCGUGACCGCAACGCCGGCAGAAACAACAACCGUGAGAAGCCCACCGAUGAGAAGGACGCCCAACGGCGCGGAUUCCGCGCCCGUGAGGACCGUGGUGAGCGUGUCCGCCACGACCGCCAGUCCCGCACCGGCCAGACCGACACCCGCAAGCAGGUGAACCAGGGCUGGGGUAACCAGAGCGGCGAGAAGACCUGGGACGACGAGAAGGCCGGCGAGAACAUUGCUCAGACCGAUGAGACCGAGCCCCAGACCCCCGGCGAGGAGAAGCCCGAGGAGGCUGCCGACAAGUCCAAGUCCUACGCCGAGUACCUUGCCGAGAAGGCCGCCCAGGGUGACCUGAGCGCCAAGCCCGUCCGUGCUCCCAACGAGGGCACCAAGCUCGACAAGAAGUGGGCCGCCGCCAAGGAGCUCAAGCGUUCCGAGGAGGAGGAUGCCUACAUCAAGGGCAAGGAGGACAAGGCCAAGCGCGAGAAGCAGCGCAAGGAGAAGAACAUCCUCGAGGUCGACAUGCGCUUCGUUGAGGCUCCCCGCACUGGUGGCCCUGGUCCCCGUGGCCGUGGUGGCCGUGGUGGUCCCCGUGGUGGCCGUGGCGGCCGUGGCAACGGUCCCCGCUCCGAGCGCCCCGCUGCCGCUGCUGCUCCCACUGUCGCCGUCGACGAGAAGAACUUCCCCAGCCUUGGCGGCAAAUAA